AUGGGUCUACUCAACUUGCCCCAAGAACUCAUCAAUGCCAUCCUCGUCGAGAUUGGAGAAUCUUACAUGACGUACCGGUCACUGGCACACGUGUGUCGCACGUUCAACGCUCUAGCGAACCCCUUGAUUUACGACUCAGUUAUCAUCCGACAGCCUUCUACCGGCGAGAAAUUCGCCGAGGCUAUGACCAAUGUUCCGCAUCUGACCCCGCUGGUGCACAAGCUGCAGAUUCAUCUCCAUAGCACGGAGGAUGAUGUGCCCUUCAAUGUCCCUGAGGAUUACGAUUCGGUGCUGUCCAAAUUGGUCAACCUGGAAUCCCUGGUGAUCAAGUCCGAUUAUUUCGACAACGAGCAAGAUUCUAAUCUCUUCUGUCGGCCUGGCAUCCUGCCUGCUCUGCGGUCAUGCCAGUUGGGCUUCGACUUUGAUAACUACGACGAAUCAACCUGGAUCUUAAAUCCCUACGAGGCAGUCUUCUUCCACCCAAGUCUACAAUCCCUGACUAUCACCGGGGCUUGCGUCCAGACAGUCUGGUCUCGUCUAACCGGAGCUCCAGCACCCCGCUCAACACGACUCGAGGAACUACGACUUUUACACUGCGACCUGUCUCCUAGGGAUCUAUCAGAGAUGCUCUCCUACCCGCGUGCACUAAAACACUUCACCUUCAAAGGCCAAUCGGCCGAUCCAAUCGUAACAGGGUUCGUCCGCGAAGCGAAUCGCAGUGCCUACAUCGACGCGCUCAAAUUACAUGCCUCUUCCUUGGAAAGCAUGGAUCUGGAUCUGUACUUUCCUUGGCCUUCGCCGAUUGACCUGACAGAGUUUAAGGCUCUGAAGAAACUCACGAUCUCGCGGAGGAUGUUAGUAGGCGAUGGGAAUGAGUCACAGUCGUUGGGCAAAUAUCUCCCUUCUAAUUUUGACUCGGAGGGCCUGACGUUUCGAGCUGAUUAUGACCUGGCAAAUGUCAUCAUGCCGGAGAAUCAGUCCUGUCCUUGCUCAUGCUGGACUUACCGCCAUCGGUUGGAAGGUCCGGUGGGGGGUAGUACUACCUUCCCCUGA